GCCGCGCGCCCCCUGCCUUGGCUGGGAUUGGCCCGCGGCGGGGGUGCGCCUUGUGCGUCACUCUUGCCCGUCGCGCUCACUGAUUGCGGAGUGGCCCUGGGAUGCCGGGGCGAGAGGUAGAGAUGCAUCCCGUCCUGAAGGCCUUCGUCUGCGGCUCCAUCAGCGGGACCUGCUCCACGCUCCUCUUUCAGCCUCUCGACCUGCUGAAGACCCGCCUGCAGACCAUGCAGCCCCCCGUGGGCGGGUCUGGUCGUGUUGGGAUGGUAAUGCUGCUCUUUAGGGUGGUUCGUACCGAGAGUCUUCUGGGGCUCUGGAAAGGUGUCUCGCCAUCUUUUGCAAGAUGCAUUCCUGGGAUUGGGAUUUACUUCAGCACUUUGUACACAAUGAAGCAAAAUAUUCUAGUGGACCGUUCACCCACAGCCCUGGAGUCUGUCUUUCUGGGUGCCACUGCACGUGCAAUAUCAGGGAUUUGCAUGUUGCCAGUAACUGUAGUGAAGACCCGGUAUGAGAGUGGAAGAUUUGGCUAUAGGAGUGUAUACGGAGCUCUGAUGAAUAUUUAUCAGACAGAAGGGGCUCGUGGCAUGUUCAGUGGGCUCACCGCAACGCUGCUGAGGGAUGCACCAUUCUCUGGGAUCUACCUGAUGUUCUACACACAGACCAAAAAACUCACACCUCAGGACCAGCUGGAUCCAGUGCUCAUGCCCUUGACGAAUUUUGGCUGUGGGAUCUUUGCGGGAAUCUUGGCUUCACUGGCAACACAGCCUGCUGAUGUCAUCAAAACACACAUGCAGCUGUCCUCUGAAAAGUACUGCAGGAUGAGCCAAGCCAUUGCCUUCAUCUACAAGAACUUUGGGCUGGUCGGCUUUUUCCGAGGUGGAGUGCCCCGUGCCCUGAGGCGUACUUUGAUGGCAGCAAUGGCAUGGACUGUAUAUGAACAGAUGAUGGAAAAAAUGGGCUUGAAAUCUUGACUGACUUGCACUAAAACUGACCAGCUUCACUUUUUUUCCUGCUUGCUGUGAUCAGCUGGCACUGGGAAGUUCCCAGUUGCAUGGAGGAAUAAGCCUUACUCAUCUGGGAGGAAGAAAGUCCUUCUGAGGCAGAGGAUUAGGCCUUUUGGCAAGUAGGGGAAAGAAGAGUUGAAUAUUUGCGUUGUUUGAUCAAUGCAUUCCAGAAGGACUGUACUUGCAGACUUCCUUGGGAAAUGGCAAGGUUUCCGCAAACUGGUGUCUGUGCUGAGAGAAGCCUAUUUUAAAGAUAGCUCUGUGCUCAUCACCUUAAUGCAACGAGAAGUUGCUCAACAAAAGUGUUGGAGGAGAAAACAGCGAGGGCAAUGCUAACUACAGAACCUGCUAGCCUGUUCCUUGCUGGUCUGACCAGUAAGGCCACUGUGAUCCACCAUCUACUGUAGAUCCUCCUCCCUUGUAUGCUUUGUUCUCACAGGGGAACAACACUGCAGGCCACGUCAGGAGACUGGAUGUGUCUCUUGAGGUUUAUAAUGCAGGAGUGGGUGGAAGAGAAUGAAGUGCUGAAGGAAAGCUCUGUCAUUGUUUUUGUACUGUGCUUGAUAGCAGAAAAGGUAACUCAAGCCUCCUUGCUGUGUCAUAUGCCACUGUGUAACUGAGUAUCUUAACACUUGAAAUGUGCUUCUGCAGCUACAGCAGCAUUUGCACUAGAAUUAAGAAGCAUAAGACACUUCAAAGCAGAAGUAGAGAGUGUGCUAGUUGCUACCAAGGUUCUACUUGUUCCCUGAAAAACACUUUUCCUGAUGAUCUGAUUACAUAAGGAAUACUUAAAUGUUUUUUAUCCAGUUGUACUAGAGACUUAUUUGCUUCCUAUUCUUUGUUUGAUUCCCUGAUCUACAUUCAGCGUGAGUUGGUCCUUAGAUGUAGCUUUUAGGAUCAUGGCUCCUAGUGCUUAAAUGUACAAUGGAAGCAGAUACAGAUACUGACACUUCAGAUUUCUCUCAGAAGCCAUUACUGAUUGCAUGCAGAAUAUCUUUAGUUUGGGAGAGAAAAGGCUGUUCUUUUCUGCAAGCUUUCUCCAAAGUUGGAGGUGUCUGAGUGUUUGGUAGGGAACUUUAAUUCUAUUUAUGUUCCACACAAACUCUGCACGGGUUCUGAGAUGAUUGUUUUCUCUUAGCAGGUUCAUGUUUCAGUAUUCCUGAGUUUAAGCUUGGAGAUCAAAUACACUUUUUUUUCAUCAACUGUGCCUUUUUCCUCAUUCCUACUCCAGAACUCAUAGCAUGUGCUUUCCAGUCUUGGGUACAGCCUUCUCUCCUCUUCACUUGUACCUUUGUGGGCUGGCUAAAUUGGGACUAUUACAGCUUUGCUGGUGUUGUCACAAAGCUAGGCAUGGAAGUAUGUGUCCUGUUCUGUAGUGUACCUUGCAGAAAACAUAGCACUGGUUUUUAUUAAAUAUCUAGUGGUGUUAAAAUUCACUUUAAAAACAGAGUAGGUGUCUCUAAAUAUGAAGAUGUGGUACAUUGUAGCUGUAUGAACUGGUUUGACCUAUCGUUCUUAAAACUUAAAAUGCAACUUGCAUAAUCAGCGCCUGCUCUGGCAGUCUCCUGACCACAAGAACAGAGGGGAUGUUGGUUGUAAAAGAUGUUCUUCAACAGAUUCCAGCUGCAAGAAGCUUUGAUGGCUGAUGUGAAAGUGAAGUUGUAGAAAAGUUUAAGGGACAUACUAGAUGCUUGGAAGGGGAUGCGCGUUUUUAGUCUGAGCCCAUCUGUGAGGGGGCUGGCACUACACUGCAUGAGUCUCCAAGAAUGCUAGUGAAGGGUCCUGCGUGUGCGUAUUAAGAAUAGAGCACUCCAUCUAAUCAUUCCAGUCAGUCAGAUUGUGACUGGCAAGCUGGCCAAAUCCUGAAUAAGAGCAGUUCCCCUUUUUGCAGUCCCUCUUACCCAUAGUGACUUGAAGUCACAAGUGCAUGUGAAACUGGUGACUACACGUUGCCCAGAGUACUGCUGACAGAGCUG